AUGUCUUCUCUCCUCCGCCUCUCCAGCGCCCUCCGCAGUCUCCGAACCCCCACCACCAAACCCCCCACCUUCUUCUCCCCCUCCCGUCCACCCCCCUCUCUCAGCCUCCCCCGUUCCCGACACUACUCCUACCGCAACCCGACCUCCUCCCAAGUAAGCGCCAACAACAAAGUCCUCUACGGCCUCAUGGGCACCAACAUCGCCGUCUUCAGCUACGCCAUGUACCUGCAACAGCAAGCCGCACAGGGCUUCCCGGGCCCCUGGCACCGCUUCCUCCGCACCUUCACCCUCAACUUCUCCGAAUUCAAAAACGGAAAUUACACCCCUGUUCUCCUGGCAAAUUUCACCCACAUACAUGUUUGGCACCUCUUCUCCAAUAUGUUGAGUUUUUAUUUUCUGGGACAGUUCCUGGCGUCGGCGGCUCCGCUCAUUACGCCAGCGAGGUUUUUGACCAUAGCGUUAGGAUCGGGACUUUCGGGGAGCCUCGGGUAUCUGCUCUCGCGGUAUUAUAAGAUGAGGGAUCUGAGCCCCCGCGCGCGUGAUACUGUGAGGGGAAUGGGGUUUUCGGGUGUCGUCAUGGGGGUGAGUAGUGUGGCGGCUUGUUUGGCGCCGCAUGCCAAAAUGCUGGUUUAUGGGAUUGUGCCUGUGCCGCUUUGGGGUCUGGUGGCGGGUUACGCCGUGUAUGAUGGGUAUUUUGUUAAUAGUGCGAAUACGACGAUUGCGCAUGGCGGGCAUUUGGGGGGUUUGGCUUUUGGCCUUUUGUAUUAUUUUGCGAAGUUGAGGGGUGUGAGGUUUUGA